UCCCUCCCUUUACCUGGAGCCUUGUUUGCUCAUUUCAGAGAGUCCCUGAGAUAAAGGUGCCGACUACUAAAUGAACUGACAGUUGCUCCUCAGCAGCCACAGCUUCAGGGUCUGUCUGUCCCACUCUUACUGCACAAUGGACUCAUCUCAGUAUAUGCUAAAGGCAACACUAACCCAAAUGUGUCUCUGCUCCAGAGGAGUCCGAAAUGUUCAUUCAGAGCAUCCUCAGCAGCAGGACAGCCUCACUUUGUGGAGACCUUGGCUGCUCGGAGCUGGAGACAGGGAGCUGGAUGGGCAGCAGAGGCGGUCGGGGGAGGCCGAUGGGGUUCCCACAAACACUGGUCCAAAGGGAGCCCUGGGAUUUCAGCACCCAGUACGGUUGUACAUGCCCAAGUCUAAAACCAGUGAAUAUCUGCAACACAUGGGCAGGAAAGUCUUAGCCAGUUUCCCAGUUCAAGCCACCAUUCACUUCUACAAUGACGACUCUGACUCUGAAGACGAGGAGGAGAUGGAAUUCUAUAACUACUAUCAGAACUGUGCGGCCAAUGGAGUGGAUAGUUCAAGGGGGAGCAGCGACAAUUAUUCCGUUCAAGGUGGUCCCAAGAGGAAUAUCGGCAGCCACGCAGGAAGCGCUUGAGCACAUGUAAAAGACUAAACUUGACUUUCAAUUUCCAUAAGCCGUCACAGUUAUUCCAGAAUAUUCAUACACAGCAAAGGUCAUAAUGCUGCACAGGUUACAUUGCACUCAAGCUCAGCAGGACCAUCUCAUGUGAGAGACCAUCAACCCCGGAUAACAGAGUUCUGGCCUUUGUCUAUGGCACUUCUGCAAUAAAAACGAAGGGGGUUAUUUACUAAACAACGAAUGCAAAAAUCACGAAACAUUUGUGAUUUUUUUUUUUAUAAAAUCUAACUUUUAAAAAAUCACGA